GAUCCCGCUCGUCGGCGUGUCAAGAAGCGCGCGCGCAAUUUUCGAGUUUUUCUCGGAUGUCAGGACGUGACAUAUAGAAAGAAAUCUGCGUUUCCUUUGCUGAGAAUUGAAACGAUUAAGAUAUAAUUCGUCUUUUGGUGCCAUUUCUUUUUCGUCACAUACCUCGUAUGUCGCGGAGACGCGCCGUCGCGUUUGAUUUUAAUAUUGACGAAGAAGUUGAUAACACUUAAAGCCGUUAAAGGGACACUUGAAAAAGUGUUAGAGGAAAAAAAAAUACGUAGGCGUCCCCGUGGAGGCGUUUUCGUCACGACCCGAUACGCCCUGAGGAGAAAGGAAAAGAUAUGACACUUCGAUCAGACGCCUCUCGCAUCCCGCCGGUCGUGAAGCUAAAGAGUCAGGCCGGAUCUCGUUGAACGAGUCUCGAUCAACCGCCGUCGUACGCGAUCGCGAUCGUGGAUCGACCGAUCUCUCUUUACCGGAGAGUUACCGUCUCGUGAAAAACGACGUUCGCCCCGCAACGUCGCCGUGGUGCGAACAAAUCGUCGCUUCUUCGCAGUCAGUUUUCAUUCAAGGUGUUUAUGAACAAUGCCGGAUGAUGCUAAGGCACUUGUUGCCUUACUGACGAUCACAACGUGAGCGGUCAGUCGUGAUCCGCGGAUCAUCGGGAAGAUAAUGAUUACAGAACAGACCUGGAGCAUGAUGCUGGACAGCGAUGUCACGAGCAUCAACGAGUCGAGCAUUUCGCCGAGGAAACAGUUAUGGAUCAAGGCGGUGAAGAAAUUGACCUCCGAAAGGCUGGGCCGGGAAGGACUGGCGGCGUGGGAGGAUCGGAAAUCCAACACGGAUCCCGAGGUCGCCGCCGAAGCGAAGGAUGACGGCGAGGCACCCGUCAAUGAUGACGAGACUUCGAAAGCGGAACCGGAAGCCGCCGACGGAGCAGAGCAGUCCGUAGCCGAUGAGGAGGCUCAGACCCAACGUGAUGUCUUCAAGAAGGGGAUGCUGUACAAGGGAAUAUUUCUACCCUCGCUGACCAAUAGUUUUCACAGCAAGCAGUUGGAGACGUCCUAUCUUCUCUACUCGAAUCGGCAAAGACAGAAGUCCCUGAUUAUGUUGAAUAUCGUGGACCUAAGCUUGAAGAUCACGCUAACAGCGAUCUGGCUCUGGCAACGAGACUCGAAUGGCGGAGGACUCAUCGAGGGUUUAUCGUGGGCCGCGUGUUGCAUGGCAGCGAAUCUGGUGAUCUGCGUGCUCGGCUGGUGGCGUUGCUUUUCUAACAAUUAUCUGUACUGGGCCUCGAUAUUCACUUGGUUAUUAAUAAAUUCUCAAGGUUUCAUAGGUGCCGGUCUGAAUUUCACUACGCAGCAGCGGCUUAUGUGGUACAUACUCUUCGUCGUAUACGCGCCCUAUGCGAUGCUGCCUCUGCCGCUGCGAUGGUGCGUCCUCGCCGGCUAUGGAACGGCGCUAACACACAUGGUGAUGGCUGGCAUAAGUCUCCUGCGGGACUCCACAUACCUGCAAGACGCCGCGUGUAUCAUCCGCAUGCUAACGACAAACGUACUGCUGUAUCUAGCCGUGAAUCUGGCCGGCAUGUACACCAAGUACUUGACGGACCGGGGACAACGGCAGGCUUUCUUGGAGACCCAUCGUUCCACAGAAACGCGACAACGCACGCAGAACGAGAACAAUAGACAAGAAAAGCUAUUGCUCUCAGUGUUGCCCGACUUUGUCGCCAAGGAAAUGAUCCGCGACAUCGCCCGCGAAACGGCACGAGGUGGGACGAUAUCGUUCACGCCGAAUCAGUUUCACCGGAUAUACAUCCACCGUUACGAGAACGUCAGUAUUCUGUUCGCUGACAUCAAAGGAUUCACGGCUCUGGCGAGUCAGUGCAGCGCUCAAGAGCUGGUGAAGGUCUUGAACGACCUCUUCGCCCGUUUCGACAAACUCUCGGCAGAGAAUCACUGUCUGCGUAUAAAGCUCCUUGGCGACUGUUAUUACUGCAUUUCUGGCCUGCCGAUCGCCAGAAGCGAUCACGCUCACUGCUGCGUCGAGAUGGGCCUGCAUAUGAUAAAAGCCAUACGAGAUGUUAGGUUCACCACGAAGGUGGAUUUAAACAUGAGGAUAGGAAUCCACAGUGGAUCGGUACUGUGCGGAGUGUUGGGUUUGCGAAAAUGGCAGUUCGAUGUGUGGUCAUAUGACGUGACACUUGCAAACCAUCUCGAAAGUGGAGGAAUACCGGGGAGGGUACAUAUUUCCGCCGACACGCUCAAGUGCCUGAACGACGUUUAUGAGGUGGAACCCGGCUAUGGCUGCGAGCGGGACAAUUAUUUAAAGGACAGAAACGUUGAGACAUAUCUCAUCAAACAGUUGGAGCCCCUUAAAUCCAGACGAAGGCAAUCGUCGAAGCCGAAAGUCUGGACGGAGGAAGAGCUGGCCGCGAACAAGAACAAGAAGAGCUUCAAAGUGAAUCCACAUGCAACUGUGAACAGUAACGCUCCUGCGCCGGGUUCCUUGGAUGACGAUAUCGGAGUUGAUUGGACGCCUGAAAUUCCGUUCGAGAAUCUAAACACAGCUACAUCGGUGAGCAAUUUGGAGUCCGAGUACUUGGAAGAAGAGAAUGGCCAACCAGCCAAACCGAGCAACAAAGCAGCCUCGACGACAGCCGUUGAGAAAAAGGGUGCUAUCGAAACUGCCAGUAACAAACGUAUGAGAUCAGCAAACAUAAACACGUGGACUUUGCGCUAUAACGACGAGAGUCUGGAAUCCAAGUUCGACCAAUUGCGAGAGGAUAUGUUCAAAUCCAAUAUGAUAUGCUGCUUCGUCAUAUGGCUCUUCAUUGCCGUUUGUCAGGCCAUAAUCUUGUCUGAUUGCAUGAUUCUCUUGAUCUCGUUGCUGGUGACCACGGUGAUCUUGGUGGCAUCUUCAAUCCUAGUGAUGGCAGAAGAAUUCAAGGGCAUGCCGACAUACCUGCAGCACACAUCAUCUAUGCUGGUGCACAACAAAAAGCACCGCACCAUUUUCAUCUGCGGCGUCAUCACCUUAAUGACGUUAACGUCCAUCAUCGGCGUGCUGACUUGUCCCAUCACGGUACGUCCUUACCAGGAAGUGAUGGUGCUCGAGCAACAGCAGAUACCGACGACAAUCGUGGCAGCACCACUUCCGGUGCAGGAGAAAUUAACAGCGACCACCGAAAGGUCAGGCCUGGACCACUUUGUCCUUACGUUUCUAGAAGCUGCUCUGAGUGAUGAGUCCACCGAGGGAGGAAAAACCAUUCUCUCGACGGAGAACAACACUUUGGAAACGGGUUCCAGUAAUAUUGAGCUGAAGCUGACUCGGGUGGUGAAUGACAGGGAGCCCGGAAAAAGCAGGAGGGAAUUUUUUAGAUUCUACAGAUACGAGCAACAUUACGGAAAGCCAGAAAUCGGAAGCCGGCAUUACAGACGAGUCGCACGCAAACGCGACAUCGAAGGUUCCCAAAGAAAGAUCCUCUCCGUAGUUGGAGAGGAGAAUCAGAAAGCUCGCUCAAAACGAUUGGCUCUGAUGAGUUCUAAUGAGCUUGAGGAGACCGACUGCAUUCGGCCGGAGUAUAUGGUGUUCACAUGGAUCUUGUGCCUGAUCGCGCUCGCUUCAGCCUUGAAGCUGUAUUAUUUGGUGAAAACUGCGCUAGCCGCAGCAAUCGUUGUAGUGUACGCGGUGCUGAUCCUUGUUGUAUGCAAGGACAUGUUCACGGAGAGAGAAAGAAACGUAUCGGCGAUAUCCUUACCAGCUCAAAUGUUGACCUUCCUGACAGUCUUCCUCGUGAUGGUGACGUACCAUGGCAGAUUAGUGGAGGUGACGUCGCGCCUGGACUUCCUAUGGAAGCAACAGGCCGAACGAGAGUUGAACGACAUGAUUGAGUCGCGACAUAACAAUAUGCAGCUUCUGAAGAACAUUCUGCCAGACCACGUGGCACAUCACUUCCUCACGACAGAUCGCGCGCCGGAAGAACUCUACUCGCAAUCGCGGGACAAGGUCGGCGUGAUGUUUGCCAGUGUGCCAAACUUCACAGAAUUUUAUUCAGAAGACGUGAACAAGGGAAUGGAGUGCAUUCGUCUCCUUAAUGAGAUCAUCGCUGAUUUCGAUGAAUUACUGGACGAGACUCCUUUUCACUGCAUCGAGAAGAUAAAGACGGUCGGAGCCACCUAUAUGGCCGCGUCGGGUCUGAAUCCAAGCCAAAUCGAUAACAACGGUGACGACAUGGAGCACUUGUGUAGACUGGUGGACUACGCGGUGGCCAUGCGCCAUCGUCUUGAAGAUGUGAACGUUCACUCGUUCAACAACUUCGAUCUGCGAGUAGGCAUCAGCUGCGGGCCUCUCGUAGGUGGUGUGAUUGGAGCACGAAAGCCAGUCUUCGAUAUAUGGGGCAACACCGUAAAUGAAGCUUCCAGGAUGGAUUCCACAGGUGUGAUGGGCAAGAUACAAGUUCCGCACGACAUUGCCAGGUUUCUAGAAUCGAGGGGUUAUCAGACACAGAAACGCGGGCUAAUCGAGGUGAAGGGGAAGGGCACGAUGGAGACGUACUUUGUAUUGGGCAAAGCCACUCUACAACAAGAGGGUACUCCCAGACACAGGAGCACCUGCCGCAGUCUCGCUGCAGUGGUCUAUGGUGUGGUCCAGGCGCGUCGCAAGCAAAUCAGAAAGCAGGCAAUGCGAAGAACGUAGAUCGAGAAUCUUCAAGAAUAAGUCUCCGUGUAUUACUUUGCCGACGCUGCCAGAUUGGUGCGGAAAGUCUCAAUAAUUGGGAACAAAGUUGCGCAUUUACAUUUCUGAUCAUUAAGGUAGUCUAUGAAGCACAUGUAUUUCAUCUAGAAAGAAUUAUAUUUCAAUUCUCUUUUAAAAAAUAAAACAUACAAUAUAUACUAAUAGUAAAAUAACAUAUCAAUAUUGAUAGAAAAAGCGAUAAACCUUUACACCAAUCUGACGGAUAAGCGCGACAAGUAUUUGAGCAGAUUCAGGUCUUGGAAAGUUCUGUCCAAUUUCAUUUCCGUGUCAUCUUGCCACAAAAUAUUGAAUGUAUAUAGCACUUAUAAUAAAUAAUCGAUCUUAUACAAA